AUGGAUUCAUAUUCUCAAUCUUCUAGCUUUCUAGACCUCUUAAACAAUCAACAACAAAACACUCAGCCUAGUUUACAACUCUCUCCCGCGAAUGUCUCUUUUGAUGGUACACAAUGGGCUGAAGAUGCAACCUUGGAAGCUCACAUCGUGGAAGACCGCAAAGAGAGGCGGAAGUGGACACCAACAGAGGACAUGGUGCUCAUCAGUGCUUGGUUGAACACUUCAAAAGAUCCGGUUGUGAGUAAUGAGCAAAAAGCAAUUGCGUUUUGGAAACGAAUUGCAGCUUACGUUGCAGCAAGUCCAAAACUUUCUGGAAUGCAAAAGAGAGAGCCAACUCACUGCAAACAAAGGUGGGGCAAGAUUAAUGAAGGCGUCUGUAAGUUUGUUGGGUGUUAUGAGGCUGCAACAAAAGAGAAAUCAAGCGGCCAGAAUGAUAGUGAUGUCAUGAAAAUGGCUCAUGUGAUUUUCUUCAAUGAUUAUAAGGUGAAGUUCACACUUGAGCAUGCAUGGUUGGAGCUUCGCCAUGAGCAGAAAUGGUGUGGAGCAUCUACUACUAAAGAUAAAUUGAUCAAAGUGAUGUCUUGUUGUAUCUCGUGA